AUGGCGAUCGCCGAGAUCAACCAAGACUCAUCCUCCGAGCCACAAGCCGAAGUCAUGUCAAUCGCCUCCCCCAUCAACCUCAUUCUCCUCUCCCUCUUCGUCGUCCUGAUAUACUGGAAUCUGCGCCCCAAACAACCCGUCAUUCUCCCGCGCGGUCCGGCCCCAAUAGUCUUCCGCAUCUACACGCCCAAAACACUCCGCGAAUUCAACGGCGAGGAUGGCAAGCCCGUCUUUCUGGCUGUGCGCGGCCGCGUCUUUGACGUGAGUCCCGGGCGUAACUUCUAUGGUCCGGGCGGACCAUACGAGAACUUUGCCGGUCGCGAUGCGUCGCGGGGCCUGGCGCAUCAGAGCUUCGACGAGGACAUGUUGACAAAGGAUCUUUCGGGUCCGUUGGAUGAUUUGAAAGAUCUGGAUGAUGAUCAGUUGGAGAAUCUGCAGUCGUGGGAGGAGAAAUUUUUGGAAAAAUACCUUGUUGUUGGCAAGCUUGUUGCUGAGGGUGAUCCCGAGGCUUCCAAGUCAUGA